AUGACGCUUCUGACAAGUCUAACAGACUACAAAAUCCAACCGAUUCUGGACGAGACAUUUGCCGCUGUUUAUAGCCCGAGCAAGAAUGUACGUAUUGAUGAGAGCAUAAUCCCAUUCCAAGGUCGAGUCAUAUUCCUGCAGUAUAUUCAAGGCAAACGCCACACAUUCGGGAUUAAGGUUUAUAAAUUGGGUUGUUCUGGUGGCAAUACUUGUAAGUUCAUCGUCUACGCUAGACAACAACGCUAUAAAACUUGCCAAUCUUCACGACAGGCGGUUCUGGAUUUGGUUACCAUACUUGAACGAAGGCGGGACAGUCACAGCAGACAACUUUUACACCUCUACUGCGCUUGCUGA